AUGAAAUACGAAAGUGAAUAUUUAAAGCAACUUAAGCAAGAACUACCUAAUUUCAUAGUCAAACUGAGGGAUUUUGAUAUAAAGGCUGAAAUGGGACCUACUAAUUCCGGUGUAUUGUUCUUCGCUGUUGAAAAAACAACAAAUCGGAACGUUAUCAUCCGAAAAAUAUCAAAAAACAAGGAGAGUGAAGAUAAAUUGCGUCGUUUUAAUCUAGAAGUUCGAGCUCUCGCACGAUGUAACUCAAUUUGCGUGAACAAAUUAAUCGGAUAUACAAUUUUUCAACCAUAUUCAAUCAUUACUGAAUAUCAACCAAAUAAAACAGUAGACACUUUCAUCUAUUCUAUAAACCCUUGUAGAAAAGCAUGUAUUAUCGGUACAUAUCAAACAAAAAUUGCAAUUGGUAUUGCGUGGGGAUUAAUGCAUAUACAUUCAAAGGGGAUCAUUCAUAGAGAUUUGUGCGUUAAUAAUAUACUUUUAGAUCAAGACUUUGUUCCGAAAAUUAUUGGAUUCGGAAUUGCCCAAUUUAUUGAUAGUUUGCAAUCAAACACAAAGAAAAUAGAUGUUACUGCAUAUACAGCCCCUGAAGUUGCCCUAGGAAAUGAAUAUGGAGUUCAAUCUGAAAUGUAUUCAUAUGGAUUACUUCUUUAUGAACUUUCAGAAAUGGAAAAGCCAUUUAAAGAUCUUUCUCCACAAAAAAUUAUUGAUCUUGUCAUAAAAGGAGGUAGAAGACCCGAAUUAACCAAAAAAAAACCAGAAAAUCUUAAAAAUUUCAUUGAAAAAUGUUGGUCCGAGAAUCCCCACAGAAGGCCAUCUAUUGAAGAAGCUUUUAAAGAGUUUUCUUCUCAUAAAAUUCAAUUUCCACUUACAGAUCAAGCUAAAAUUGAUGAAUUCGUUAAAAUUCUAAGGGAAGAACAGCCAUUUAUGGAACCCAUUAAUAGCUCAGCGCUUGAAGCUAGUGAAUUCAUCAAAUCUAACCUUUCUGAUCUAAUAGUAGGAACAGACUCAUCAACUUUUGUUGAUUUCAUAAUGAAUACAGAUAAUAUUAAUGAUGAUACCGUUAUCCUUCCUGAAAACGAAAAGAUUUCUCCAACUUUAAAUUUUCCAAAGCCAAUUGACUUCAAAAAUAACUUCAUGGAGAUGAUUGGAGCUUUGAAAACUUCUACUAUUGAUAAUUUAGUUGAAAAUUCUUUCCCUCUCGCUCAAUUAAUUUAUGAAAACCAAGAUCCAGACCAAAUCGACUUUAGCAUCCAAACUGUAAUCAAUCUCAUCAGAAGCAACAAAGAUUACAUAUAUUAUUUUGAUUGCGCAGGUUUAUUUACUUGUUUUAAGGAAAUCACCGAUGAAAUUGCUGAUUCUGUCUUCAAAUUAUAUUCUUAUCCAUUCAUGUUGUAUCCACAGAUCUUUACUGACAAGAAUUCAUAUUUUAUUUCUCAAUUAUUAAAUUUGAGACCUCAAAAAGUGCUUUUUCUUUAUUCCCACUACAUCCUGAGCUUUGAUUCGAUCGAAAAUCCAUGGCCGGUCAUUGAUGUCCUCGUAAUUAGUUAUCAAAACUUAAUUAACGAUGAAAAUGCAGUUUAUCUCCUUAGAAUCCUUUAUUUCAUGCUUACAAAGUAUCCUCUAUAUAAUGAAGGCAGAUAUAAUGACGCAAUUCCUGUUUUUCUUGAUUGUAUGAAGUCAUCAAAUAUAAAUGUCCUAAGGGAAGCUUAUACUGGGUAUAUUAAUAUUUCUCAGGACUUUUCCAACAUUGACUUGCAGCUUUUAAUUCAAUAUUUCGAAACAGAUCUUUGGGAUUUAGUUAUUUCCAUUUUACUUCGACUUUAUUACGAUAAAUAUGAGAUCUAUGUUCCUAAAAUAAUCAAUGAAACCAUUUUCCAUUGUAAUGAAAGCAUUUCUUGUUGGACAUUGCUUUUAACUAUCUCAAAACACCCAGAAAACCAUAAAAUCUUUGUCCAAGAUCCAUCUUGGAUGGAAUUUUCGGAUGGAUAUCCAUCUGAAUCGUUGAAAUUAUUUUUAAUAAUUUUCAAAAAUCAUGAAUUUCGUCAGAAGCUCUGUGAAUCAGAAUAUUUCCCAAUAUUCAUUUUAGGGUUAGCUGAAAGUGAGAAUGAUGCUCAUUACAAGGCAAUUCCUUCGAUUUUGACACGGAUUAAAUUAGAUUCGAGCAUUAUUCUGUCAUUUCAUGAGAACGGAGUAAUUUCUCAGAUAAUCAAAAGAGGUAUCUUCUCAAAUGACUCCGAAAUCAACAAAAGCUGUUUAAUUUGCGUCGAUUCACUCUGUAGAUUCAAUUUCUAUCCAGAAUUCACUGAUAUUAUCCAGCCUCUUAUUCAGUUCUUGCGAUAUCCACAGUUGUUUGGGUAUUCUGUCCAUAUAAUUGUCUCAUUAAGUUAUCAUAGGGAAAUUUGCAGAAUUUUUGCUGCAAAAGGAUUUGAAAAUUACUUCAAAAGACUUAAAGGAACACACGAAUAUGAGAAUUUGUGUGAAAUAUUCCUUUCUAAUUCAAAAAUCGCUAAUAGAUGA